AUGUAUAAAGGCCGGAGACAUAUUUCCACCGAUAGUUCUACAAAAAUCAUUCAAAUAACUAAGCUCUCAAACUCAUUCGCCGAGAUGCCAACACCGACAGAUAAUGUAGCAGUCAAUGUACCAGAGGUAUCUACAUUAUAUCGCUUCUUUGACCUGCAAAGGCAAGCAACACUGACUGCGUUACAGACAGAGCAUCUUCCUGACAAAGUCGGUGGACCGAAGACGACUGGAAUGGUUGGCCGUACGUUUGAAUAUCAAUAUUCCACCGGGCCCCGAUACCGCAUCAGUUUUAGUAAAGAGCUGGCCUACUUCACCAUUCCUCCCUUGCCGGACGGAACAACAGUCCUGGCGCUACCCUACCAACAGCGGGAGAUCCGCCCCAAUUUAUUCUUGGUGCAUUGGAUGGGGCCUGGAAGACAAGGACAUGUGGCCCUGGUAUUUGACCUAGAGCAACGAAAGGUUGACUGUGCAGCGUUGAUGCCAGCCGGGCUGUACGAGCUAUUCGAUCGUGCCGAGUUCCGUGAGGUCUAUGAGAACGGAGAGUCGGCGUUGUACUUAGCAUACGAGUGA